CGACACCACAACCAGUAAUGACCUACGACGACUCCUGGCCAGCGACUUAGAGUGUGCAACAAUCUGCGAUAAUCAGCAUCGGUUGUCCGUACCACGCGAGCCGGAACUGUCUUGUCCCAGCGUCCGCGCUGCUGGUUUCCACUUGUGCUCCCGAUGCCUUGCUAGAUCGCCGUCGACGAAAGUUCGAGCCGACAACGACCUACGGCCCGCGCUGGUCGUGAACCCCCAGGUGCGACGCCUGCUGCCACUGCCGGUGCCAGGCGCUUUUGCUCUCGGUUCAUUAAGACGAGACACAAGCGGCCCAUCAUGCGGCUGUCUACCUGGCCAUUGCUGCUUGGCGCGGCCGCGCUCGUCGCCGCCGAGUCAGCAGAUUUGGACGAGGAUCCCGUCCGAGAAAACACAUACUUCAACGGCAAAAAGGUGCCACCAAUGCUCGAGUUGACCCCCGACAACUGGGAAAAGGAGUAUAAUGCAUCCAAGUACUUGAUAGUCAAACAUUACAGUCCGUACUGCCCGCAUUGUAUCGAUUUUGCUCCGACGUUUCAGACGUUGUACGAAUUCUAUUAUACCUCCUCGCCGGCCGGGCAAGUCGCCGACUUCACCCAAUUCUACGACUUCCGAUUCGCCGACAUCAACUGCGUCGCGUACAACGACCUUUGCACCAAGCACAAGGUGUCAUCAUGGCCGACCACCAUUAUAUACGAGGAUGGCGAGCCCAUCGUAACGUUCAAGGGCGUCAAGUCCAUGAGCGUCCUGAGCGGUGCCGUUGAGGACGCGCUCGAGAAGGCCAAGCCCGGCACACGUCCUGCGAAGAUCGACCUACCAGAGCCGGGCGAUAAAUCAUCUCCCAAGUCGAAAGCCGAGCCGGCCGAUAAAGGUGCUGGUGAAGCGGAGUUAGCCCCGAAACAGAACAACAACCCGCCGCCGCCAGCUCCUGCCCCGCCUCCGGCGCCAAAUCAGAAACCAGCUACCUCGGCCCCGCCAGAGAAGGCUGAGGCAUCGGGCAGCCCAACAUAUGUCCAAAUCCCGUUCAACCCGCCUGUCGCAAAAUUCUUGAAGACGGCAUCACCUCACCACGCCGAUGGCAAAUCCGUUUCACUGACGAACGACAACUUCCACCGCCUGGUGACCAACUCGUUUGAGCCCUGGUUCAUCAAGUUUUAUGCUCCAUGGUGCCACCACUGCCAAAAGAUGGCGCCGAACUGGGAGCAGCUUGCUAAGGAGAUGGAGGGCCGGCUCAACAUUGGCGAGAUUAACUGCGAUGCUGAGCGGCAGCUUUGCAAGGACCAUGGCAUCAGAGGCUAUCCGACUCUCAUGUUCUUUAGGGGACCCGAACAUGUCGAGUACCAGGGGCUCCGCGGCCUUGGUGACCUUCUUUCGUAUGCUGAGAAGGCUCUUGAAUUGGUCGGCGGCGUCCAAGAUGUCGAUGCCGAGUCGUUCAAGGCACUUGAGGAGAUGGAGGAAGUCAUCUUCCUGUACUUUUACGACCAUGCCGCCACCACGGAGGAUAUGGAGGCCCUCGAGCGCUUGCCCAUAAACCUGAUUGGCCGCGCAAAGCUGGUGAAGACACGCGACGUCAAGCUGUACGAGCGAUUCAAGAUCACGACGUGGCCGCGGCUGCUCGUCUCGCGCGAAGGGCGCCCGACAUACUACACGCCUUUUGGCCCGCGCGAUAUGCGGGAUACCAACCAGCUGUUGAACUGGAUGAGGUCUGUCUGGUUGCCCAUGGUGCCGGAGCUCGUCUCCACGAAUGCACGUGAGAUCAUGGACGGCAAGAUUGUCGUUCUCGGCAUUCUCAAUAGGGAAGAUCAGAGCUCGUUUAAGUCGGCCAUUCGGGAGAUGAAGAGCGCCGCCAACGAGUGGAUGGACAAGCAGAUCCAGCUAUUCCAGCUCGAGCGGCAGGAGCUGCGCGACGCCAAACAGCUGCGCAUCGAGGAGGCCCAGGACCGGAACGACGAGCGGGCACUCCAGCGGGCCAAGAACAUUCGGAUCGACAUGAACCGGUCGGAUCGCAAGGAGGUCACGUUUGCGUGGGUUGACAGCGCCUUCUGGCAGCGGUGGAUCCGCACCACGUACGGAAUUGAUGUGAAGGAUGGCGACAGGGUCGUCAUCAAUGACGAAGAUAACCGUCGCUACUGGGACCAAACCAGCACCGGCAACCCCAUCGUCCCGUCGCGAACCUCCAUCCUCGAGACCCUCACCAAGGUCACUGCGAGCCCGCCGAAGCUCAGGCCGAAGCUCACCAUCGGCUUUCUUGAGAAAAUCAUUUUUGACAUCAGGACCAAUUUCAGGGAUCACCCGUACCUCAGUUCCGGCUGCGUCCUCGGCAUCGCGUUCGGUUGUCUCUCGUGGUUCAGGGGCAGGAUAGGAAUAGGAAGGAGGACCAAAGGCCAGUUCAAGCUGGACGACGCCUCCAAGGAGCUCAAGGGGCCCAUCUUGGGCGCGUCGACCAACGGAAACAAGGUCGACUAGAAGUAUAGACGGGGACAGGUCGGGGUUGGUUUCUGAUCAUAUCCGUUUUUCGCAUAGACGUGUGUAUAGCUCUUUUGGGUGAUGAUGUUUCCUUGGUAUCAGGGCGGCGAUGGAUAGGGUGCCAGGUCUCUGGGGUGCAUACUAAUAUCUUCUUCCGGGUAAGGGCAGCUGUCUUGAAGCUUU